GGUGACUUGGAGGACGACGAAGAUGAUGGUCUAGAGCGUGCACCAAAAUCGCAGCGCACCAAACGAAGCGGAACAAUUUCCCAUGCUCCUUCACGACCGAAAGCAAGUCGAAACCAACAGGCUGCGAAUGCUGACCACUCCUUGCUUUCGCCUGGCUCACAUCCCAACGACAUUCCAGAUUCCGGAGCCCCGCCUCGCACGUCCAAAGAUGAUGAGGGUCCUGACAGUAUCCUACCACCGGAUGACACGAAACUGGAUGAGGAAGAGGAGCAAGAAGAAGACGAAGAACCGUUGAAUUCGGGUGACGACGUCAGUGAUGAAGAACCGGAGGUGCUGUUUGAAUCGGACAACGUAGUAGUUUGUCAGUAUGACAAAAUUCAUCGAUCACGCAAUCGCUGGCGACUGCAUCUCAAAGACGGUAUCAUGGCAAUCAACGGCCGCGAUCUUGUUUUUCAAAAGGCUGUGGGCGAAGCAGAAUGGUGA